AUGGCGGAGGAGCCGAGCAGCUCAAGCAUUGCGGGCAGCGCAGCGCAUCGUGAUUUGAGUCAGUGGUACGACGACGUGCUCGACAACGACGUGGCCUGCGUCUAUGAGGUGCCCUGUGCUGCCCUGCUGCAGCUGGUUGUAGAGUUGGAGGUGAAGUGCGUGCAGAGGAAGCGGACGGGCAAGUUGACGCAGGGGAGGAUAAGACUUGCGACGAACUCGCUGAUCUUCAUCUCACGACGAGCCCAUGACAAGUCGAUCUUCACCAUCCCUUACGAGAGGAUCACCGAUGUCCAUGCGAAUGUGUCGACCAAGGGAGCCCCGGAGGGCAUCAGCGUGUCAACAGGCAAGUGCUUCUAUGUGACGUCACACAAGGACGGGCCAUGGCUGUGGGUUCUUGGGUCCUCGGGGUCGGAUCAAAAGGAGUACUUGUUCAAGUCGUUUGUCUUCCAGGAGAGUGCCUAUCAAGACAUCCUCAGUGCGUGGAGGAGGAACAGACAGGAUGGAAGUCCCACUUCCGGGGAGCAGACGAGGACGGGCAGCCUGAAGCAGGCGGCAUUCCCGCAGCAGGACGGAGGGAGCUCGAGUCAGUCGGGCGAGAUCAGAGGCAGCUGGGGGUCGAACGUGUCGCGGGACUCUGGUCGGCUGCAUGAGGAGCAGCCCGCGAGUGGAGAGGAGCUGAGGGAUGAGUUCGAAUCAGCUCUACGGCUGUGCAGGACCGCCAUCUCGCAGCUGUCGGUUGAGAGCGGCAGGGCGGAGGAAGAAGAGAAGGGGAGGAAGAGGCAGGAGGAAGAAGAAGCGAGGAGGAAGAUCGCUGAGGAGGGGGAGAGGAGGAAAACGGCUGAAGAGGAGAAGAGGAAGAAGGCAGAAGAAGAGGAGAGAAGGAGGAAAGCAGAAGAAGAGGACAGAAGGAGGAAAGCAGAAGAAGAGGAGAGGAAGACAGAAGAAAUGGAGAAGAGGAGGAAAUUGGAAGAAGAGGAUAGAAGGAAGAAAGCGGAGGAGGAUGCAGAGCGGAAGGCAGCAGAAGCGGAGAACGCACGGAAGGAGGGGGAUUCAAGAACGAGACACGAGGAACAACCGCCUGUGCUGGUCCUUGCGAAGCAAAAUUCUGAAGCAAGCGCUACGAGCUCCGUGCAAGAACCCGAACAGUCGUUGCUCUUUCCCUUCUGUCGAGCCGUCUGGAUCUUUACGUGCUUGCUGAUAUGCGUGCUGAUGAUCGUCUACUUCAAGACGCGCACAAGGAGCAAGAUAGUCUACCCUCAAGUAUCCACCACCGAGCCCAAGGACGACCCUGACGUCUUCGCCAUCUCACACGAACAGCUGGUCGACGACUGUGUCGGCAACUUCUCCCUCCACUUCCAGACGCUGUCGCUCAAGUUCAGCGACAGCGGGGGCUUCGCACAGAAGCUCCUGUCUCGCAACCUCCGGCUACGGAUCCAACAGUUCUGUGAGAUCACCGUGUUCGAGGGCAACGUGGUCCCGAGAUCAGUGGCGGGAACAGACCCGAACUUCUCUAGUACUGACUCCUCGUCGUGGCAGAGAUACUUAGAGAAGUCCGGCCUGACGGAUAUACUGGAGAAUUAUCAACAUUUCUUGACGCAGGAGAUCCAGCUCUUGCAAGAGAAAUUCAAUCUGUUGCAGUUGCAGAAUCAAGAGUACAGGAGGGCUCUCAACCAGACGAGGCACUGCAUACUCUACGGAGGACAAGGGAGCCGGUAG